CCCGAGAGAGAGAAAAAAACAUUCUCCAUUUGUUAUCAAAGCAACAAACCCAAGCAAAAAAUAUUUUCUUUCUUUGCGUUUUGGAUUUUUUCCCUUGAAAAUGAUGAUGAGUUUUGGUAGCGUUAUGAGCGUUUGCGGCGGUAGCGGAAGUGGCGAUGGAUGCAACGGUGAUGGCCGUAGCGGUGGUUCGGGCAAGUCGCCGAGACAAAGCGACAUCAUAUGUUCUAUUUGUCUCGAACUUGUCCUUGACAACGGUGAAAGAGCUUGGACAAAGCUUGCAUGCGGUCACUUCUUCCACCUUGAUUGCAUUGGAUCUGCAUUUAAUUCGAAAGGUGCGAUGGAAUGUCCGAACUGUCGGGUUACGGAGAACGGAGACUGGCGUUACGCAAAUGGCUAUCCGAAUCUUGAAUUUGAUGAUAUCAGCAGCGACUACACGUCAACGGCCAUCGAAAAUCUGAUGUCGACGGUGUUCCAGACAACAUUUCAAAUAGACUUGGAGCCGAACGUCGAGUCAACAAGUCUCUACGACACAGGCCACCGUUGGGAUACAGGCCAACGUUGGGAUCUCGACAGUUCGUACCGUGGACGCCCUUGGAUCCUAGGAGAAUCUUCCAACCACAAUAACAGCAACAACAAUAAUAACAUUGUUGUUGUCGGUCCAAGAUAUGGUUCGGAGCAACGGCUCCAUCAGCUAAGACCUUCAACGGGAGCCUUUGGUCCGUCUUCUUCGUCGUCAACGCCACCGCAACGUCAGAACCGUCGAAGGACGGGUAUGGGACGGAUCAGCGACUCAAACCCCUCGGAAGCGGCCCGUGGUCGGGUACAUGGAGGUUCGAACCGCGGAGGCGGAAGCAGCAGCAACGGGAAUAGGUCGAGAGGUUCCUACCAAAGUCUCCAAGAGCGGAUGAGGAUUUCGAGGAGCCGGUUCGGUCCGUCGGCCUCUGCAUCUUCUCACCCUCCCACCCGUCGCGGCAACCAGAGAAACAGGGCUCCUCAUCCUCCUACUGCCAAUCAGCCGCGGCGCAUCUGGCGACCAGUUGGCUCCAGAAGCUCCGAACCAGCAGCCGCAGCCACUGCCGCGACCGCAACCGCAACCUCAGUGAACCACUCAGGGAACCACUCAGGGACAGUGCUCGUGGAUCAGACACCAAGCAACAGACCGUACAACCUGAGAUCAGGAAGCAGAAGGAACAACGAAAUGGCAUUACCGGAGAUGGAGAACGUCUACACGUCGGAGCAGGCGGAGGCUGUCCCGAUCAAUCGCUGGAACAAUCGGAGAAGACGGAGUGGCCGACGUACGAGAGGGAAUAACGCGGGAAACCCAGCGAUGGCGGCGAGAAUGUUAGACGAAGAUGACGAGCUGUUGAACAGAUUGAUUUCGGAGCUGGAGGGUUCUCCUUUUGCUCCGACAGGAAUCGACUCUGAAAAUGCUCCCUAGACGGCGGUUGUUUUCGAACUUUGUUUCUCUUUUUGCUCCGGUUAGUUGCUUCCAUUUCUUUUUCGUCGGUCGGAUUGUUGUUAUCUUGUUUAGGGAUCGUUCUUGUUCCUUUUCUGUUUUUUUUUUUGGAUCUUAGGAGUAAGUAACAUUCCCAUCUUCAGCUCGGGUUCGUUAUUUUCGAAUUAAACUUUUUGUAUUUG